UCUCUCGCUCAGCAGCACCUGCCCAGCCGGUAAUUCAGUCAAGCGGUUGCCGCCGCCAGGAUGGUGCAGCUGCCGCAGCUGGUCGUCGCCUCCUCCUUGUGGCUCGGGCUGGGCUGGUGGGCGUCUUUGCCGCCAACCGGGCUGGCGCUGCCCGAGGUGCUGUUUCGUUGCCCGCCCUGCACCACCGACCGCCUCGCCUCCUGCCAUCCCGCCGGACACGAGACCACCGCCUGCCCGGAGCUAGUGCGAGAGCCCGGCUGUGGCUGCUGUCCAGUUUGUGCCCGCUUCGAGGGAGAGCCCUGCGGGGUGUACACGCCACGUUGCGUCUCCGGGUUCCGCUGCUACCCGAGACCCGGCGCUGAGUUGCCCCUUCAGGCGCUGGUGCAGGGACAGGGCAUCUGCACCCCUGAGUACGGCGCCGCCAUCCUCGAGGCGGAUAAUGAAGAACAUCCUGAAGGAUCUGUUGUGGAAAAUGUUGUAGAUGGUGCCUCUACUGUGGUGAUUGGAAGGCCUCCAAUGAGAAAGGAAAUAGCCAUACUUCGUGAGAAAACGAAUGAGCAACAAAAGCUGAUGACCAAGCAUAUAAAGCCUGAGAUACGUCUACAACCUCUUAGGACACCCUGUCAACAGGAAUUGGACCAGGUUUUGGAACGUAUAUCAACCAUGCGCCUGCCAGAUGAACGUGGUCCGUUAGAGCAUCUUUAUUCCCUGAACAUCCCAAAUUGUGAUAAGCAAGGCCUUUACAAUCUCAAACAGUGCAAAAUGUCAGUGAAUGGCCAGCGAGGAGAAUGUUGGUGUGUUAAUCCCAACACUGGGAAAACCAUCCUGGGAUCACCUACCAUUCGUGGAGAUCCUGAAUGCCAUCUCUUCUAUACUGACCAUGAGCAGGAAGACAAAGGAACACCAGCCUUUCAAGUGCAAUAGAUGGACACAUUCCUACUCUGUCAUGUGGCUUGGCCUAUUCUCAGUGCUGAAUUUUACAUGGGUUUUAAUGCAUCUUGAUUUUUUUCCUUCGUGUUGAUGUUCCAGCAAACCUCCAGGGAUUUUUGGGGUGGGGGGUGGGGGAAAUCUGGGCUAUACAUUUAUCUCAGUUGCUUGCACCAUUGGAAAAAUACAAUAAAGGUGGUGGAUAGAAAGGUUGGUAUCUCAGGCGUUCUCUUAUCCUGCUCCCAACUCUAUCCAAACUCUUCUAAAUCACUUUUACUCUUGCCAGAAGGAGCAAAGAAAAUAAGGUCAGAACAAAGAAUUAACCUGACCUCUUCACCCACAUAUGCUCCUGCUCCCACCAGGCUGGAUGAGAUAAUCCUUACCCUAAUUCUUUCUCACCACCCAAGCCAAAGACCAAAGAUUGUAAAUACUACAUUGUGCCUGCUACACAGAGCCCUGCAGUCUGUCCAUGUUGGUCCCACUUGAUUAUUAGGUGUGUUAUAGCUAAAGGACUAAAGAGAAUCUUUGCUUAGGGAUCAAUAUUUCUUGGAAGGCAUGGCCAGCAAGGAGCUACACCAUGCCACCAUGUUGUUCUAGAAGGCACUGCAUUUAAUAUAAGGUUUACAAAAGUGCAAAUCCCUGCUACCACCCCACACCCCCUGCCAUUAAAUGUUAAAACAUCAAUGUGUAGCCUUAUUCACUGAGAAUUCAAUGCCACGGAUUAUUAUUCAGCAUCCUGCUGCCUCUUAGAUAAGAUUUCAUAACUCUUAAGAAGCAAAAACCCAUUUAAAACCCAUGAGUAGACCAGUCAUUCUCCCUACCCUAAAUGACGUAGGUCCAAGAUGAGCAGUGCCUGUGUCUCUGUAAGUAAAUGACACUAAAUAUAGUGCUUUGUAAACCUUGAAAGUGGGCAGAUGAUAUGUAUAUGUUCAUUGAUAUGCAUACAAGCCUGUAUAGAAUAAUCAAAUCUGGGAGCUAGGAGAGAUACGGUGUUGAACUUUCAGUUCCCAGUAAUGAAUUAAGUUUCUCAGAUAACCAUUUCACCCUCUUCAGUUUGAUUUUGCUUCUGGGUGGAUCAUGGAAAUGUUGAAAAAAAUGAGAAGCAGUUGCAUGUAUUAUGUCUUCUUGUAUUAUAUAUGCCAAUUUAUAUUUACUGAACAGUUGCUAUUAGUAUAAUUGAUGAAGACAGGAGGUUUUGUGUGUGUUCCUUUUUUUUUAAAUGCCAUAUAUAUGGAAGAGAGGGAAAAAAAUGAAACAUUUCUAUCUUUUUUCUGUAAGAAAACAGCAGAAAGAUGACUGUAGAAAAAUGACUGGGAUUGUUUCUGGUUCAGAUAACAGAGUUCUCCUUCAGUCAGCUUGCCAUUUCACUGCGUCCUUUUCACACACACAACUCUUGUUGUUCUAUCAUGGUUGAUACCUUGAAAGAAUCUCCUUCCUUCUCUUCCUGCCUCCCUUCCCAAAACUGCAGCACUCUAUGGCAGUUCAUAAUUUGAGGCAUACAGCCAUAUUUCUUUUCCACUUCCAUAAUCUCUAGUGAAAAUGAGGUGGGGGGGGAAUUGUGAUUUACUGAGAAUGUCAGUACCUCAGACCCAUAGGCAGGUACAUAUACACACCUGCUUCAAGAGAGAAUAUUUUUUAAAAAAAUCAAUGUUUCAUGUUGCAAGACAGAGACUGGUAGAGGAAAUGAGUUGAAAUUUAAAUAUUAACUUUGAUAUUUAAAUUUAAAUUUCAAUCUAUUAUUAAUAUUAAAUUUGAAUUUAAACAAAUAUUUUUCCAGAGCAAAUUGUAGUCAGUGGAUUAUUCCCAGUAGGAAAGCAGAUAUAUGCUAAAGAAUUAAUAUGCUUUUAGUGACAAGAGAUUGUGUGGAGAAAAAAAGGCAAUGCUAUAAAUCAGGGGUGUCAAACUCGGGGUGUCACGGCAGUAUCAUGUGAUGUAUCGGGACUGUGGGUGUGGCCAGGGUGUGACGCAUCCAGCCACGGGCUUGGAGUUUGACAGCCCUGCUGUAAAUGAAUGUGAUGGAGUAAAUCUCAAAUUGCACUGGAGAAGUUCUCCCAGCAGUCAUAGUACAUAAGGAAUAAAACCAUUGUGAUAAAAGAUGGCACAUUCUUAUUCAUUGCAGUGAAUGAAAACCAUUAUUUUCUUAUCAGGCAGAACCUUGAUUAUUUGUGUUUUUUAAACAUUUAUGCUUGGUAUAUUCCAAACCCAAAUUCAUCAAACAAAUAUUCUUCUCGUUGGGAAGAAAAUAUUUGUUCCUUUUUAUUUACUUUCCACUUCCAAUCUAGCAAUUUAGAAACUAGUAUCGGUGCCUUAAAAGAGGAAUAUCACCUACCCCUUAAGUUUAUACUCUUAACUGUAGAACUUCAGGAACAAACCUAGAACUAUGGUGAUAAAAACACUGAAAACACUUCAUGUUCUGGGAAUAUAAAUCAACAUUUCUGUUUUGCUUUAUUUUUCCUGUGGGAGGCAUCCAGUUUUCGUACUGCAACAUUUAGUAAUUAAUAAUAAUUGGUGCUAUCUAUUUUCUAUCAAUACCCAUCAAAGAAGAAUUCAGAUACUUUCCAUGUAAAUACUGCCAUUGGAAGCUGAUGCUUACAAUUUACUCCUGUUUAGAAAUCACAAUGCUGUUUUCUUUAUUUUGUUUGAUUCUAAACUGUAAGAAAUUUGAAAUAAAUUAAACGGGAUGCCAGAAAACAUGUUGUGAUGGUCUGGUUAUUUGUAA